UCACACCAUGAACAUGUGAACACGAUUUAUACGGUGUAGUUGUUCGUUACACAAUAUUGGUGAAAUCAAAAUUUCACUGCAAGGAGCUACACUGUCAAAAAACGAGUCAGAAUGGGACGAUUGGGUUAUCGGAAAAACAAUCGAUGGAAGAACUGGUGCUCCUAAUGUAUGUCAAUGUUGUGCCGCCAUUAAAAGGCCAACCUGGCUCCAAAUAAAUAUGACACAAACAUAUUUUGUGACGCGAGUCGUACUUCAAGGUCGUACCGACAAAGCUUUCCAUCAGCUUAGGGAUAUUACAAUGUUUGGUGGUAAUGCUGACAGUCACAUGGUCGAAAUACAGGCCACUGAUAUGUCUAAUACCAUACGAACCUAUGACAUAAGUCCGCCACAGGCUAUGCAACAAAUACGCGUGGUUGGUCAGGGACCAGGUUAUUUGGUCAUAUGUGAAAUAGAGGUUUACAGACAAGAAGAUUGCAUGAUUGGAACCUACGGACCUAAUUGUGAACAAAGAUGUCAUUGUCUGGAUGGGCCUUGUGACACCAUAACUGGUACAUGUGGAGCAGGAUGUCAGGGUGGCUGGAGAGGGGCCGCGUGCAAUAAAUCCUGCGACAACGGAUGGUACGGCCAGGGCUGUCUUACACAAUGUGGUCAAUGUCUGAACAACGCUACCUGUAAUAAGACUUCCGGUGUGUGUCCAGAUGGAUGUGCUGCAGGAUAUAAUGGUUCUCUCUGCAAAAAAAAAUGUGAUGACGGAUUUCAUGGUCUUGGAUGCCAGAACAAGUGUGGUAAUUGUCAGAACAAGGUGCCCUGCAACACGGUUUCUGGCCUCUGCCCUGGGGAAUGUGAAUCCGGAUAUAACGGGACGACGUGCAAAGACGCCUGCGACAAUGGAUGGUACGGUCAGGGCUGUCUUACACAAUGUGGUCAAUGUCUGAACAACGCUACCUGUAAUAAGACUAACGGCAUGUGUCCAGAUGGAUGUGCUGCAGGAUACAAAGGUCUUCUCUGCGUUCAUGAAUGCGAAAACGAACGGUAUGGUCUUGCAUGUGAGCAAAUUUGUGGUAAUUGUAAAAACAAGGUGCCAUGUAACAAACUGUCCGGCGUAUGCCCUGGGGCAUGUGGACCCGGAUAUAACGGGACGAUGUGCAUUAAAGCAUGCGAUGUCGGUUUCUUUGGAGACAAUUGUUCAGCAGCAUGUGGCAAAUGUAAUGGCGUGUGUCAUCAUAUAGACGGCAUAUGUUCACAAGGCUGUGAACAAGGCUUUGCUGGCGAUCUUUGUAUGAAACAACCUACAGAGGAAAAGACGACUAUUGAACUUUCUCAUGGGGAGCUUGUGGGCGUCAUAUGUGCAGCCAUUGUGGCAUGCGUUGUCUGUAGUGUAGUCACGGCAUUAUGCAUGAGACACAGAAGGCGUCAGCAAACAUCUGCAUCGAAUACAUCGGAAUCAUGUCAAGGAACGGCUGUUUCUGCCUACGAUGAAUUGUCGCCAAAAACAAAAGCAACUAGCCACUAUGACACACUGACCAUGACAAUCCCGCCAACGUCUUCUGAAUGCGAACAAAUUCCAAAAGCCUUACAGAAAGUUGAGAAAUACGAACGGUUGCAAUUAAACCAAAAAACAGUUGCUGCCACGUACGAAAAGCUGUCGCCAAAUUUAUCCACUGGGGAACAUUACGAAUGAUGGAAACCUGUUAAUUGUCCGGAAGAGAAAUCACAGUGAAUAAGGAACUUAUCGUAGACCACACGUUCGAUUUGAAAACAAUUGAUUCAAAGAAUCGAGGAAACGACCAAUUUUCAGUUAAACUUAAUGGAUGCCGAUAAAUAUGUUUAUUUCAUAUGAAUAUAUUUGUGUGUGGAAUAUAGUUUCGUAAAACAUACAUUUUGAAUACAUAUAGGAAUAAUGAUGCUUUAAUGAAUUUGGCUGUUUAGUACAUAAUAAAAUGGCUUGCCGGGAGAAAACGCUGGAAAAAUAUUCGUAUAUUUAUGUUUAUAGUUUGGGUCUGUGAAUUUUUUUUUUAUUAACAUUAUCUAAAAUCAGACACCUUCUAUAAACAUAAACUGUAAACUUCGACGCUUCAAGAAAAAAAGCUAAUAUAUACCGCUGAAGUUAAUCUUUGUAUAUAUUUAAAGAUACUAUCUACUUAACUGUGGCCCCACAAAGGCAAAUUAUUAAAAUAUGUUGAAUUUGACAAAACUACUAAUGACAUAAAAGAACAGACACACCUCUCUUUAAACAAUAAAUAAUUAGUUGAUACAUUCAGACACAGUAACAGUCGUUCUAUAAAAUGACAACUGUGUAUUUGACCUUUUCAAUUUUAACAUUUUAACGUCAUUAUGGUGAGAUUUAUAUAUUAUCCAUAUAUGGGAUGUGGUUAUUUAUCAGACAUGAUAGCACAGUUAGCUAAGGCGAUGUCAAUUGUCAUUUCUUUGUACGGUUCAUAAGUCAGGAGUUUGAUGCCCACUGAGUAUUUUACUUUUUCUGACUAUUUGCUGAUUUGUUUAUAUCGAUUUGUCAUAUGGUGUUUUACAAUAUUGUAUUAAAUUAAUGAAACAAUAUGUCAA